GCAACUACAAAGGAUAAAGUAAUAAUAAUUUUAGCAAAUGAAAAAAAAAAAGAAGAAAAAAUAGAAAUAGAAAGCAUAAAGUUUGUCACGCCCCAGAACCCAAAUCUGGGGACGCGGCAGACGCCGUGCACUUGUGAGACGGGUCCCACAAGUGCACAAGGCUCGGAACUUAUUCAAAUCACAAUCCGAUACCACAAAAUCUCAAGAUAAAAUUUUACAAUCUGCUCUGAUAUCAUAAAAUCUCCAAAUACACUCUAACUUGUAAGAGCAGGAUUUAUUUUUAAAAUCUAUGUCAAUCUCGAAAUGGCUAGCCUUUUAACUCGUCACUCCCCUUGGUUUCCCCGUCCUCGGUUUCGCUUCCUGAAAUGGUGGACAAGUAAAACUAUGAGAUAAACUCAGUAAGUAAAUAUGGAUAGCCCUUGGGUAAAACUUUGAAGCAUGCCAGAUAAACCAUGUAAGCGUAACAGACUUUUAAUGAUAAACCAUUAAUGCGGAAAUCGGAUUCAGUUCAAUAACAAAACGUUUCAUGACAAACUGUUACAUGCAGAAGAAAACUCAGUUCAGUAGUCUCAUCUAUAAGUCAUGGCCAGUGUUUACAAACUCCCACUGGCAGGCGUCAGUAAUGGUACCAGUGUUUACAAACUCCCAUUGGUAGGCGUCAGUAAUAGUGCUAGUGUUUACAACUCCCACUGGCAGGCGUCAGUAAUAGUGCCAGUGUUUACAACUCCCACUAGCAGGCGUCAGUAAUAGUGCCAGUGUUUAACCCCAUAGGCAGGGUGAACUGGUUCUACAGAAAUACAUGUCGACAUGUGCUAGCGUUUACAGCUCCCACUAGCGGGCGUCAGUAAUCAUGACUAUAUCCGAGACAAAACCAUGCAGGAUUUACAGAAAAACCCAAAUUUCACAAUCAAUCCCGAAUUUCAGAACAAACCGGAAAAUUUCCAUGUGACCAUGGAUUUAACAAAAAACUCAGAAUUUG